AUGAGUCGGUUUUUCGCGACUGGGACAGAUUCAGAAUCGGAAAGCUCAAGUGAAGAGGAGCAGGUAGUUCGUGCACCAGCACCCGUCUACACUUUCAGUGAUGAUGAGGAAGAAACAAAGCGUGUAGUGCGCUCUAUGAAAGAAAAGCGUUAUGAAGAAUUGGAGGGAAUAAUUCAUUCACUGCGCAAUCAUCGCAAGAUCAAAGACUUUUCGUCGGCUUUAGCUUCCUUUGAGGAACUGCAGAGAGCAUACACUCGUGCAGCACCCGUAGUUCAAAAAGAAGAGAAUGGAAUUGCUCCUCGUUUCUUUAUUAGGGCUCUGGUUGAAUUAGAUGAUUGGGUGGCAGGCGCAUGGGCCGACCGUGAUAGUAGAAAAGCGUUAUCUAAAGGAAAUAGUAAAGCUCUUACUUCAUUGCGCCAAAAGCUGAGAAAAUAUGAGAAAGAUUUUGAUGCAGAGAUCACCAAAUUUCGCGAAAACCCCGAUUUGCCAGACGAUGAUGAAGAACGAAAAGAUACAUCAUCAUCUGACGAAUCUGAUGAUGAAGACAAGGUGAAGGAGAAAGUUAGAGUGCGUCGCUCACCCGAACCUCCACGUCGUCCCCCACCAAAAGAUGAUGAGUCCUCUGACUCUAUGGAUUGGGGUUCUAGUUCUUCCGAUUCCAGCUCUAGCUCCGACGAUGAAGCUCGUGGAGCCACCACCAUAAGAGAACGGUUCUUAAAGAGAACUACUGAACGAGACGAUGACGAAGAACGGGACAGGCGUCGUGCAAGGAGAGAAAGGCGUGAGAGAGGAGCUGGCAAGGUCAGCAAAAGGGACCAGACAGACGACGGCGGUGAAUGGGAGACCGUUAGGAAGGGCGCCGCUACCUCUGAUAAGCCUAAGAUGUUUGCAAAGGAUAGCGACAUCGAUGCUGCCUUGGUAGUAAAGAAACUUGGCGAGAUCAGUGCAGCCCGUGGUCGUAAGCGUACUGACCGCCGCGCUCAACUUGAGUUACUGCAUGAAUUGCGUACAGUUGCUCAGCAACACAACUUGGGAGAGGCACUUCAACUUAAGUUACGCGCCGCCACCGUCGCCGCUCUCUUUGAUUACAAUCCUAAAGUAUCCGAUGCCAUGAAACCCGAGUACUGGUCUAGAUUAGUCGAAAAUGUUGACCAUAUGGUUACAAUCCUUUUAGCUAAUGAAAAUAUGGUUCUUAGUGAGACAAUUACAGAGGAUAAUGAGGAACUCGUCACUCCACCAUAUCGCGUUCGUGGCUGCUUAUUAACAGCAUUGGAGAGGCUUGAUGACGAGUUCACUAAACUAUUGAAAGAGUGUGAUCCCCACUCGAAUGAGUAUGUAGAGAGACUGAAGGAUGAAGUGCGUGUCUCUGCGCUCAUCGAUCGCGUAUGUCAAGUGGUCGAACGUGAUGGAUCCCCGCAAGAAAUUUGUCGCGCUUAUCUCCGUAAAAUUGAUCAUUUGUAUUAUAAAUUCGAUCCUCGUGCAGUUCGAAAAGAUUUACCUCCAGGAGAGGAAACAACUAUCAAGAAAAUGGAACGCUUAUGCAAGUAUAUUUAUGCCCAUGACGAGACCGAUCGUCUAAGAACGCGCGCCAUCCUUUGCCAUAUAUAUCACCACGCUUUGCACGACAACUGGUUUCAAGCCCGAGAUCUCCUACUCAUGUCUCACCUCCAAGAAACCGUUCAGCAUUCCGAUCCGAGUACGCAAAUUUUGUACAAUCGUACAAUGGCUAAUUUAGGCCUGUGCGCGUUCCGUCGGGGCAAUGUCAAGGAAGCGCAUGGUUGCUUAGCGGAGUUGAUGAUGACGGGCAAACCGAAAGAGUUGCUUGCUCAAGGUCUGCUUCCUCAACGUCAGCACGAACGUUCUAAAGAACAGGAGAAGAUAGAAAAACAGCGGCAGAUGCCAUUCCAUAUGCAUAUUAAUCUUGAGUUGCUUGAAUGUGUGUAUUUGGUGUCUGCUAUGUUGAUUGAAAUUCCGUACAUGGCAGCUCAUGAGUUUGAUGCUCGCCGUCGCAUGAUCAGCAAAACAUUCUAUCAGAAUUUGCGAGCCAGUGAGCGACAAGCUUUAGUUGGUCCUCCAGAGUCUAUGAGAGAACAUGCUGUAGCUGCCGCCAGGGCUAUGCGCCGCGGAGAUUGGCGAGCUUGCCUUAAUUUUAUUGUAAACGAGAAAAUGAAUGCUAAGGUUUGGGACCUGAUGGUGGGAGCAGACAACGUACGUGCGAUGCUGGGUCGUCUGAUUCGGGAAGAGUCACUUCGGACGUACUUGUUCACUUACGCGCACGUGUACGCAUCGCUGUCGCUGCGCUCGUUGGCGGACAUGUUCGAGCUGCCGCGGCAACGUGUGCACUCCUUGGUAUCAAAAAUGAUCAUAAAUGAGGAAUUACUGGCAUCUCUUGAUGACCCAAGCGAGUGCGCUAUACUGCACCGUUCUGAGCCUACCAGGAUGCAAGCGCUGGCGCUGCAGCUUGCCGAUAAGGUCGGCAACUUGGUGGACUCGAAUGAACGAAUCUUCGAGAAGCAAGGGUCAUUCUUCCAGAGGGGAGGUGCAGGGCGCGGAGAAGGACGCCAAAGGGAACGUCCCAGGGACGGCUGGAACCGUCGCCAACGCAACCGCCGUCGCGACGAUGAACGCGGACACGACGAUUAA